AUGAAGUAUUUAGACAAAGUUGCAAUAACAACCAACUUAACAUUAUGUUUAGGCUGGUCAGAAGACGAUAUCUACGAAAUGAGAGAUGUUGAAGAAACACUUCAUAUUUUUUUCGAUUUAUUAUCAUUAAAUAUUCCAGAGUCAGUUAAACCAAUCGAAGGCAAAUGUUACAUCAAUGGAAAUGACACUCCUUUCUUCGAUGUACAAAUCGGUGUCCAAAAUUUAGAUAAUAUUGAAAAUUCUCUUGAAGCUUUGAAGAUAACUGGAUAUUAUUUCCUGAAACUACCCGAUGUCAUGAUCUUUCAUCUAAGAAGAACAGUUUACAACCAAGAACAGAAGAAAAAUUGGAAAGUUUUGGAUUAUUUCGAAUAUCACAAUGAAAUCGAAAUAAAUCACGUGAAAUACAGGUUAUUCCAAGUAAUUGUCCAUGCAGGAUCAGUAAAUAGAGGACACUACUUCGCGUACAUCAAGCCGAAACCUGAUUCUUCUUUUUAUUUGUUCAAUGACUCGAAAGUUUCGAUUUCUGAUGAUUUGUCAGUUUUUGACAAAAAUUUUGGAGGAAGACAUGAAAACGGAAGGAUGAAAUGGUCAUCUGCGUAUUUACUUGUUUAUGUAAAGGUUGAUUCGAUACCUAUUGUCUUCUCCGAAAUUGAUGAAAGCGAAAUCAACCCAAUUUUGUUUGCUGAAGCUGAUAGAAAAGAAGAAAUUAAUCCUUUCGAAUUUCAGUUCUUUAUUUCAACUGAAGAAGGUUUAAUUGAAAAUUCUUUGAUGUCAAAACCGUCGAUUUUGAAUACAAAUGUCAGAAAAUGUUUGUAUUUCGAAGGAAAUUUGUCAAAAAGAGAUUUAUAUGAAAGAAUUUGUUUAGACAUGAAAAGUGACAUAAGUGAAGUGAGAUUAUGGACCAUUGGAUCUGGUGGCAAGAUAAUGGAAUAUGUUAAACCAGAUGAAAGUUUGAUUUCUGAAUUACCAAAAUCAUUGUUUUUGGAAAAAAUCAAAGGAAAUGAAACAAAAAGUGACAUCGAAAAUGAUGAAAUUAUUUUGUUUAUUCAUUUUUAUUUCAAAGAAGAGAAAUCUCCAAUACAAUAUUUAUCAUCUGUUGUAACAAAGAAAUCAAACAAAUUGAGAGAUUUGUUUAACACCGUUUCUAAAUUAUUGAACAAUCCAACUGAGAAAAAUGAAUCAAAGAAUUCUUUACUUGAUGAAAAUGGAAAUGAUAAAACAAAGAGUUAUUUAAGUGAUGAUUCAGAAAAUAAUCAUGAAUCAAAAGAAGAAAACGCAAAGAAAGAAAAUCCGAUUUUAAAUCAUCAAGUACUUAAUGAAAAUGGAAAAGAUAAUAAUUUGAAUCUAAAAGCAGAAGAACGUAAGCAAUCAAAUGAAAAUAGAUCUGAUUUACUUGAAAAUGGAAAAGAAAAUAUUCAUUACUUGGAUGCAAAAACAGAAGACAAUAAAAGAGAAAAUGGAACUGAUUUACUUGAAAAUGGAAAUGAUAAAGAUAAAACAGAAUUAGUUAAUAAACAAUUAAAUGAAAAUGAUAAACAUGAUUUGAACGGAAAAGCAGAAGAAAAUAAUCAAUCAAAAGGAAACCAAAGUGGAAAAGACAAUAAUUAUUUGAACGGAAAAACACAAGAAAAUCAGCAAUCAAAUGAAAGAGAAAAUGGAAAUCAAAAAUCACUUAAUGAACAAGGAAAAGAUGAUUUGAAACAGAGUUUUUUAAGUGAUUCUGAUGAAAAUGAAAAUGAUAAUAGAAAAGAAGUAAAUCAAUUCUUGAGUGAUGAUGAUGUUGAUGAAGAUUAUGAUGUUUAUUCGAUUGGAUUAACUCAAAUUGAAAGAUUAAAUGUUGAUGAAGAAAUCGGAAAAUUAAAUAUUUCAAACGGAGAAAUUCUUUGUUUUGAAGAGAAAGAUUUCAUUUCGAAACAUUGUUUCCAACCUGUUUCUUCUGAUUCUGCAUAUAGAAGAGUUGGAGGAAUCACUGAAUUUGAUAAUGUAAUAAAUUACAUGUCAGAUUUCAACAAAAGAAUCAAAAUUCAUAUUGAUGAUUAUAAAUUUGCUUUUUCAAGUGAAUUAAGUUUAGAAGAAAUCAAAAACUACUUGCAAAGAGAGAUCUAUAGGAAUGGAAAUGAUAUAUAUUUGUUUGAUUCUAAGGACAAUUUAGUCCAAAAUGAUUUUCUUUUCAAAGAAAAUGUAAUUUAUAAUUUUUCUGUUGAUUUUUGUCAAAAAAGUGAAAGAAUUUCUUUGUUUACGUUUAAUCCAUCAUCUCCUAAAUAUGGAAAGAAGAAAAGAAUAACUAUUCCAUGCAAUGCAACUAUAUCAGAUGUUUUGCAGAUGUUUAUCAAGGAAAAUAUAAUUAAUGAUGGUUAUAUUUACAGAUUUUUGGAAAUUUCUAAUGGAAUCAUACAGAAAAUAUGUGAUUUCUCUGAUGUUUGCGCUAAUUAUGAUAUAAUUAGAUGCGAACAAGUUCCAGAGGUGCAAUUUGAUUAUAAUUCAGAUGAUUUGUUCCCAAUUGUUGUCGGAAACGUCAUGAAAGAUGGAAGUUAUUCUGUUAAUGGCGAACCAUUCCUUGUUCCCUUCAGAAAUGGAACUUCAGAGCUACUUUCUCAAAAAAUUUCUCAAUUUACAGGAUAUCGAUUUCAUUUAUAUAGAUAUGCAGAUAAUAAGGCAUUGCAGCUCAAAAAUAAUGAUGUUAUUAAUAGAAAUGAUCUGAUUAUCCUGAUGAAAAUAACAGCUUAA